AGGGGAUCGAGGAGGAGGGAAUGAGGGAAGCAUGGCGUUAAGGUUGGGGACGGGGAGGGUUUGGUAUCUCUCGCCUCAUUCUUUGCUCUCUCCCCCAGCUUCUUCCUUUUCGGAGCCUAGUAAUCUGCAAGCUCAAGAUGUGGGCCCUUUUCGGUGUCGGAAUUGAAGAAAGACAUGGGCUGGCUGCAUUUGCAUGUAUCACGGAUCACGCUCGGCCGGUCCAUGCAAAGCCCAGGUAGCUACUGUCAUAGUGUCAUCUGGCUGAGCCUGUUGCAGUGUGAGACUAGCUAAGGCUGACUCCAACAGGCGAGCCAUUCGGCUAGCUAAAGGCAAUAUGGCUAAUGUGCGAGAACUGUAGCACCAUAAAUCCGUCUCCAACAGAGUAGGUAUAAAGGCAAGGCAUUUUGGAUUGGAGGGGAGAGGGAAGGUAAAAUGCGUGCGUCUUCAGGCCAAGCCAUCCGCGGCUCGAGCAAGGGUCCGUUGGGCGGCACGAGAGAGAAGGUUGUGCGGCAAGGGAGACAUCGCCGGUUCGGGGCUGUGCAGCGGCGGCGCCCGGCUAGGUCCUCCCGUCCAAGGUCAGCUCCGGCGAGUCCCAAGUCAAGGAUGGAAAACACCUUGACUCCCUGUGCAAACAAUGAUGGUAACUCUGAGGCCUAUGUUGAAGGCCAGGAAUGGGAGUUCCCUCUUUCUGAUUCAUUGGAAGAUUUGGAUAAUCUUACACUUCCUCAGAUGCGGCAAGCCCUAGGUCUGCGGCGGCCAAUUCCAUUACAUCCUGCAGCUGUUAAUGUGGAAGCCACCCAAGAGCACACGGAGGUAAUUGGACAAACUCCCGAAUUACAGAUUCCUGUGCCUCAGUCUAAAAGAGAUGGGAAAGGCAAGGGCAAAGCCAAAGUCGCUGGUAAUUUCAGUGGCAAGAGGGUGUCACAAAGAGGUAAAUCCUUUAGCAAAGAAGAAGAUAAAAUUAUAUGUUCUGCCUUCCUGAAUGUGAGCAAAGACCCUAUCACUGGAACAAGUCAAUCCAGUGGCGGUUAUUAUCAAAGGAUACAUAAAUAUUUUGUUGAGAACAUUGAAGGCCCUUCUACAAGAAGUCAAGUUGCCAUUUGUAACAGGUGGCUAACCAUCCAAAAGGCGGUGAACAAAUUUUGUGGUCAUCUUUCGACUGUUGAAAGGUUAAACAAAAGUGGAAAGACUGAGCAGGACCGAAUCGAUGAUGCUGUUAAAAUGUACGAGCAGUCAGAGCCAUGGACGUUCAUGCAUUGCUGGAACAUCCUUCGCCAUGAAGCCAAAUGGAGCGAUAAGAUGGUGGAGAUCAAUUCUGGAGGCAGAAGUACAAAAGUUAAUCAACAGGUUGCAGGAAACAUUGAAGGCCAACAGCGACAAUCUGAGAAUGAUGACAAUGGACAGCCAGCUCGACCAGAAGGAAGGGACACUGCCAAAAAGCGUAAGAGUCGUGGGACUGCAGACAAUGAUGCAUCUAGUGCUGCAAUUGAAGUUCUUCAAAGCAUGAAUGCAAGGGGCCAGAUCAAGGACGACAAAGAAGACAGUCAGAUGGCGCAAAUACUCCAACGGAAGGAUGCUAAGAUAGAGCUUCAACAAAAUAUGAUUGCUCUGCAGAGAGAGGAGAUGCAAAAGAGAUGGGAACUUGAGAAGGAGAAGCUGAACUUGACUAGGGAGGAAGUACAACUGCGUAAAGAACAGACAAAGGUUGAGAUGAUGAAGGCUGAAGCUCAUUUCAUGGGUCAGGAUCUAGACAAGUUAGCCCCACACCUCAAAGAGUACUACAUGUCCAUCCAGCGAGAGAUAAUGGAGCGUCGAGGGAUUAUAAGCUCUCCAACAAGCAGUUCUGGACCGAGCAUGCCUUAAACUUUGUGUCUGUAACUAUUUGAUUUGUUCCCUGUUAUGGACCCAAACAUCAAGUUGUCUG